AUGGACAGGACAAAUCCCGGAUCAGUUACAGACCUUCGAACCGUUAUUGGGCCUGGUGAACUUGAAGUUUUUGAUCGCUUCUACGUUUGUUAUGCUGUUCUGCGAGACAUAUGGCUAGCCACUUGUAGACCAAUCUUUGGGAUAGACGGGUGCUUCCUCAAAACAACGGCUAAGGGCCAACUUCUAGCUGCAGUGGGAAGAGAUGCAAACAAUCAGAUUUACCCUCUUGCUUGGGCUGUGGUGCAUAAAGAGAAUACAGAGACAUGGGUAUGGUUCUUGCAAAAGCUGAAGACUGAUUUAAAACUUGGAAAUGGUGAUGGGUUUACCCUUGUUUCAGAUAGACAAAAGGGAUUACUUAUAGCUGUGGAUGAGGAGUUACCAAACGUCGAGCACAGGAUGUGUGCAAGGCAUAUCUAUGGGAAUCUAAGGAAGUUUUACCCGAACAAGCCUCAGAUGAAAAAAUUGUUUUGGAGUGUGGUGGAAAGCCACAAUGAGGCCGACUAUAAAGCAAGUAUGAAGGAGUUAGAGGAGUAUGACAAGGAUGUCUAUGAAGCGUUCAUGGCCAGGAACCCAGAAACUUGUUGUAGGGCUUUUUUUACAACGACAUGUUGUUGUGAAGAUGCUCUUAACAACAACUCUGAGUCAUACAAUAAGACGCUUGAGAAAGCACGAGCGAUGCCUUUGGUUGAGAUGCUUGAGACAAUGAGACGACUUGCAAUGAAGCGCAUUAAUCUAAGGAAGAACAAGCUCACAAAACACAAGGGAAAGUUCAGUUUGAAGGUUAGUAAAAUGAUAGAAUCUGAGACAAGACAUAGGAAGUACUGUAAAUCGCUUCCUGGACCUACUGGUGAGUUUGAAGUUUCUGAGAAUUCUAUGCAAUAUGCGGUUGAUAUGAGGGCGAGGACAUGUAGCUGUAGGAGGUGGGAUUUAACAGGGAUUCCAUGUAGACAUGCUCUUCGUGUCGUUUUGGAUCAGAAGAAGACAUAUAAGACUGACAAUUUGGUUUCUCAUUGGUAUUUGACUUCUAAGUGGCAGCAACAAUACUCAGACUCGAUCAAACCGGUUAAGGGAAUCAAGUUUUGGAAACCGUCUGGUGAAUCAACAAUACAAGCUCCACCGAGAGAAAAAUCCAAAGGGCGUAAGAAGAAGGCUCAACAAAGAAUCAAAGGAGUUAAUGAGUCUCCUACUAAGGGGAAAAAGGUAACUCAACACGCUCGUAUUAUGCAUUGUUCUCGUUGUGGGUUUCCUGAGCAUAACUGCACUAAAUGCCCUAAUGUUGGAGUUGCGUGUAAGCCUCGACCACCUAAGAAGCAAAAAACCACGAGACCACAGGAGGAGAUUGCAUUAGAUGUCUGUGAAGGUCCUACUCAAACGCAGCCAAGUCACACUUGA